GCCCAAUAGUAGAAGAAGACACUUGCAGUGAACGAACCACUACCAGCUGUCAUGUGAAAACAGAUGUACGAUCAGCGCAACGGAUAAACAACAAUACGACAUUUUACCCAUUAUAACCAAGGCUGUAGCAGGUGAGGCAGGCAGAGCCAGGAUGGCGGGAGCAGAGGUGUAUACCCCUGCAAACCCCACCUGCAAGAUAAUGACUUUCCGGCCCACCAUGGAGGAGUUCAGGGACUUCAACCAGUACCUGGUGUACAUGGAGUCCCAAGGAGCACACCGCGCUGGCCUGGCCAAGGUGAUCCCUCCAAAGGGCUGGAAGCCGCGGCGUAGCUACGACGACAUUGACGACCUGAUGAUCCACGCCCCCAUCCAGCAGAUGGUGGCGGGCCAGUCGGGCCUCUUCACCCAGUACAACAUUCAGAAGAAAGCGCUGAGCGUGCAGGAGUUCAGGCGACUCGCUAACAGUGACAAAUACUGCACCCCUCGCUACUUGAACUAUGAGGACCUGGAGAGGAAGUACUGGAGGAACCUGACCUUUGUGUCGCCCAUAUAUGGAGCUGACGUCAGCGGCAGUCUCUACGAUGAGGACAUUGAGGAGUGGAACAUCGGCCACCUCAACUCCAUCCUGGAUGUGAUCGAGGAAGACUGUGGCGUUUCCAUCCAAGGGGUCAACACGCCCUACCUGUACUUCGGCAUGUGGAAGACCUCCUUCUCGUGGCACACGGAGGACAUGGACCUCUACAGCAUCAACUACCUGCACUUUGGCGAGCCCAAGUCUUGGUAUGCCAUCCCCCCUGAGCAUGGGAAGCGACUGGAACGUCUUGCCACAGGGUUCUUCCCCAACAGCUUCAAGGGCUGCGAGGCCUUCCUCCGUCACAAGAUGACCCUCAUCUCUCCCUCUGUCCUGAAGAAGUACGGCAUCCCCUUUGACAAGAUCACCCAGGAGGCGGGGGAGUUCAUGAUCACCUUCCCUUACGGCUACCACGCUGGCUUCAACCACGGCUUCAACUGCGCCGAGUCCACUAACUUUGCCAGCGUCCGCUGGAUCGACUACGGCAAGGUGGCCACGCAGUGCACCUGCAGUAAAGACAUGGUGAAGAUCUCCAUGGACCCCUUUGUCAAACGCUUCCAGCCCGACCGCUACCCCAUCUGGAAGCUGGGCAAAGACUCCGCCACCCUCGACCACACCCGCCCCACGCCGGGCUCCACCCCUGAGCUGCAGAGCUGGCUGCAGAGGCGCCACAGGGUCAAAGCGCCCGACAAGAGUAGCAACCUCCCUCACUCCCGUACGCGCUCCAAGCGCCUGCGGACCACAGAGGAGCCCCUAGCCCUGGAGGGUCCCUCGGUCCUCUCCAGCCGCAAGAGGGGCUUGCCGGGCCCCCUGGGGCCCAAAGUCCGGAGAGCCCUGGCCCAGACAGGCAGCAGUGCCAGGGAGGAAGAAGAAGAGGAGGAGGAGGAGGAAGAAGAGGAGGAUGAGGCGGAGGAGGAGAGCUCCUGUCUUAACCAGAAUCAGAACUCUCUCCAGUUCCCUGCAGGUCCAUGCAGACAGAUGUGCAUCGUCAAGGUGAACAGGAUGGAGAGCGACCUCCUGACUUUUCCCUACGCUGAGUUACCAGGUUCCCGUCGCCCCGACCCCUCCCCCUGUCCUACAGCUCCUUCCAGCAGAAAGGCUUUCUCAGGGCUGCCUCUCCCAUCCCCUCUGAACGAUCCCCAUCAGGACCCCUCGGGUUCAGAGGUCGUGGCAGGACCCCGAUGUGGGUCAGACUCAGAGACUGCCCCUACACAUGCCUGCUCAAAAAUGCCAGGACCCCAGGAUGGCAUUACUAAGCCUCUCCCUUUAGAAGCGGAACGCUCUCUACCUUUUCAGGAUGGCAGCAGUAGUAAAGCCGUGUGGUUGGGCUCUUCUCCCCCCCAAACGGGUUGUCCUGGUGGGCUGGAGAUGUUCACCAACCCACCUGUCUCUGAAGCUCUGACAACCAGAGACCCCCCCACCCUAACACCCACCACCUCCAGCACUGACGUGGGUAGGGGUCAAGGUACGGAGACGGACAUCUCGAACACUACAAACCCAGCGAGGACACAGCUCACCCGCCCGGCACGCCACAAUCACUCCGCCACAGAAGCACUUUACGACGUGAACCCAGACCCAGCGGAGAGCCAUCGUAGCUCCAGUUCAGUCUCGCUUCCUCCCGCGCCGCACCUCCCCCCCGUACAGAGCCGCACCUUCGCCGAGAACGGCGCCCCCCCUCUGUUGCAGAGGAGUGCCGUCGGUGCCGACAUGCCCCUCCUCACCCCCGAGCUUGCGGGGGAGGAGCGCUUUGGCCCCCUCCCUCCCGUCCUCACCCAGGAGAUGCCCUCCCUCACCCUGGCUGUCAGCAGCGGGCAGGCAGAGGUGAAAACCUCCACAGUACUGGGCUGUCUACCCGCGCCCGUACUUCAGCGUGAAACGCCUGUCCCCUCACCGCUCUCGCCUCGGACGCCAACCGCCGAGUUUGGAGAGGUGGCACAAACGUCGACGGUGAAGGAGUUCCUUCAGCUUAACCACCACUGGCACCCGAGUCCUACUCAGGAGGGUUCCCAUACCGAACAUAUGGCUACUAACUCCACCGCCGACCCCCGGCCCCAAACGCCUGCUGGCAACCUCCAGGAAACACUACUUGCCUCGCAAACAGACUUUGAAAUGCCCCACAGCCAGUCUGAAAAUCGGACUCCUGCUGAGGCCAAUAUGAGAGGUGGCCUAUCAAGCUUUGAGGCUGCACCAGUAGCACAGCAGCUAAGUCUAUCUUCCAGACCCUCACUCAUUGACACCUCAGGCUCUCACUUGACCAGUAGUUCCAGUCACAAUGUCAUUACUCACACUGGGCUAAGCAUUAACACCAGCAACUACAAUAAUAACGCCAUACUAGAUCAUCUUCAUGAUGAUGAGGCUCUUCAGCAUCACAACAUGGAUGCCCAUUGUAGUUCUCAAAGUCUCUUUCUGGAGCCCAAACCAUUCUCCAGUGGCAUCUGGAAGAACCUCAACUCCCAGAGUCCCGCGGUGCUCAUUGAGAGCCUUCACCCCGAACUGCCGGCGGACUUCACCCACGACUCCCUCCCUUACACCAUGUGGACUGAACCGCAGUGCAAAGAGGUCACGGACCUUGACGAGCCCAACCCCAACCAGCACCAGCAGGACAACCAGGAAGGGGAUGGGCCGCUCACCUGGGCCCAGCUGGAGUCCACCUCCCUGGGCUCGGCCGGGGCUGUGGAGCCCCUAGGGCUGUGUGGAGACUUUGAACUCCAGAGAGGGGAGGUUGAGGCGGUCAAAGCCCUGGCACUGUGCAGGGAGCUGGGGGUGGAGAGGGAGGCCGACGGGGGUCCAGACCCGGGGCCUCCAGUACUACCCCUGGAGGAAAGGAGGGAUGGGGAGGACGUUUCUGACAUGGAGGAGGCUGAGUCUGAGGAGGAGGAAGAGGAGCAGAGCAGUGCAAGGGAGGAGAGUAGCAGUGACUCGUCUUCUUCAGAGGAAAAUGAAACGAGUGACUAUGGGUGUGGAGACGCUGGGCUGGAACCUGGGGAAGUUUGUCCUUACCCUCCUCCAUUGGUGAAGAGGAGCGGGAAGAGCCGGCGCCACCCUCUCAGGAAGCCCACUGCCCGAGCUGUGCCCACCGCCGUCAAGCAGCAGGCCACCAGCGAUGAUGAACCCCCUGAGGCCAUCCUGGCAGAGGGAGAUGAACAGGAAGUCGAGCCAUGGGCUAAGCCCCUCCUCUUCCUGUGGCAAAACAGAAAGGGCUACUUCACAGCAGAGAGGGAGUACAACGCCAUGGCAGCCGCCAUGCAGCCCUACUGUGCCGUCUGCACGUUGUUCAUGCCCUACUACCAGCCUGAGGAGCGAGCGGAGGACAGCAAGUCCAGCAGCUCUGGCCCUCUGGAGAGUCUGGACUUGGGCGGAGGCAGAUCAGAAAGCGGGGUCCCCGGGGGCCUUCUGAGGAGGACCAAGCCUCUGAUCCCAGAGAUCUGCUUCUCGUACCGGGAGCAGAGCGGACCCCCCACCCCCACCAACCCCCUCCUGCAAGAAGACGGCACCUGCCCCCUGCUCACCUGCCAGAGCUGCUGUCUGCAGGUCCACGCAAGCUGCUACGGCGUCGCCGCGGACGACAUCGCCGAGGAGUGGUCGUGCGACCGGUGUAUGGAGGGAAGCUUCACAGCGGACUGCAGUUUGUGCAACCUAAGAGGUGGAGCCCUUAAGAAAACCACAGAUGACAAGUGGGCCCAUGUGCUGUGUGCGGUAGCUUUGCCGGAGGUGCGUUUCAGUGAUGAAGCCAGGAGGAGUCCCAUAGACACCAGCAGGAUCCCUAUGCAGAGAUACAAACUGAAGUGCAUCUACUGCCGGAAGCGUUGUUGGGGGAAGCGGCAGGUGGGGGCGUGCAUCCAGUGCUCGUGUGGCCGCUGCCCCACCUCCUUCCACGCCACCUGCGCCCACGCCGCCGGCGUCACCAUGGAACCUGACGAUUGGCCCUACGUGGUGUCAAUCACAUGCCAUAGGCACCAAUCGCGGAACUCUCUGGCGAAGCAGCCGGCUUGCCAGAAAGACAUCACACUGGGCCAGACGGUGAUCUCCAAACACAAGAACCUCCGUUACUACAGCUCCAAGGUCACGCAGGUCACCUCCCAGACCUUCUACGAGGUCAUGUUCGACGACGGUUCCUUCAGCAACGACACCUUCCCUGAAGACAUAGUGAGCAGAGACUGUGCUCUACUGGGUCCUCCUGAAGUAGGGGAGGUGGUUCAGGUCAAGUGGCCAGACGGGCUGUUCUACGGAGCCAAAUACAUGGGCUCCAACAUCUCCCACAUGUACCAGGUGGAGUUUGAAGAUGGGUCCCAGGUGGUGGCCAAGAGAGAGGAUGUCUACACUCUGGACGAAGAUCUGCCCAAAAAGGUGAAGGGGAGACUCUCCACGGCCUCCAGCAUGCGUUUCCAGGAUGCCUUCUUCACCUCCCAGGGAGAGAGGAAGAGGCAGAGGACCCCCAACUCACGCUUCCAGAAAGACUAUGUGGCCCUCCCAGGCCUCCGUACUUCUACCAAGAGCACAUGGGAACCACGAGGCAGCCCCAAAGGGAAAUGAAGUCAGGCAUGAGGAGAGAGACCCAGAAGAGGAGUACACUGAAGUGAAUGUCAAGUGAUUGUUGAGGGUGUUGUAGUGUGUGUGCCUCUGUGUGAAUGUGAAAGAAAGGGGGCUAGGUUGUUGGAGACCAACUGUGGUUGGACGAUGUUCUGAAGGGUGGCGGAACAGAGUGCAUCGUGGGUAGUGGUUUGCCUAGCGUUUCCGAUCUGUCAGGGAAAUCAAACAACAAAACAAACUUAUAUUUGUCACAUCUUUUUUGAAAUAAACGACAAAAACUAAAGUUUUUCCUUUGUAAAAUAUAAAAAACGAAACAAGAUUUUUUCUAAAUGCCCUACAUACAGUAGCUUUUGGGGAUCUAUCCCCUGUUCUUAUUUUGGAUAUUAAUGCACUUUUUGCUUGUUCGAUCAUUUUUUGUUGUUCUGAGCCUACUCCCUUCCCUGCAUGUUCUUAUUGUCUGAUUCUGCUUUUGGGCAGAGUCUCAAUAGUCUACAGCAAUUUCCUUUUCUCGCCUCUUCCUCUCUUAAUACUUACCUAAAAGUACAUUAUUUCCUUGAGUUCAACCGUUUGAUUUAACCCAUUUUAUCAUGACAUUGGGUUAUAUAAAUCUAUGGCCCUGAACUGGCUUGGUUAGUACAUUAUGAAGCACAGGAGACAAAAGAAUGAGAUGAAUCCAUGUUAGACUAUUGGGAUGUGACCAUCCCACCCUCUGUGAAAACACACUACUUAUAAACUGUCACUGUUGAAUGACAUGCUUUGUCAAAUUAUUUAAGUUAAUAUUUGUAUUUAUUUUUGGCUUGCUAUAAUGUAUUGCUACUGUAACUGCUGUAAGCAAGAGAAAACAAUAAAACAUCCAUGUUGGCUUUUUUAAGACCCCA